CGUUUCGAGGGCAGGCAAAUGAUGUAGAAUGCAGAGACCGUACCUUAAUUGCUCGUAGCUGUGUAGACCCAGUGAUUCGUUUUUAAAAGCAUGGAGCAAACUAAACCGCUGCCGCAGAAGCUAUUCAUUUCUACUGUUUUGGAAAAUAAGGAUGAAUUAGAGGAGAAAUAUGAGAAGUGCUAUGCAUCACUGCAGUCACUGGUGUCUGGUCUUUCUGAGAAGGAGGCACAAAAUGCACUUAAUGCAGCUGUUUGCAAGGAUAAAGUACAUGAAGAGCUUUCUUUGGGCCUGCUGUAUGCAAUACUAACAGAACCUGAACGGGCACCUCGGUGGUAUCGUGAUCUUACUUUAGUUACCCGCGAUGGACUGGCACAUGUGCUUGCUAGUCUCACUCAUCUUGUUAUGGAACGAUACCUCAGACUUACUGAUAGAGCACGUUCCCAACUUUUGUGGCUUGUUCGAGAAAUGAUCCGUGCUUCUGUUGCUAAUGUGGACUCACUUUGUUGGAGCUUGCAGAGGCAUGCUGCAGGAGGAGAUGUCUCGCCUCGUAACCUUGUUCUUGUUGAAGCUCUGCUUGAUCUCUACACUGAAAACAGGGCAUGGCUGGAUAAGUUUCCGCUGCUGACUGCUGCUGCUGCUUAUACAUUUUUGCGUCUUAUAGAGGACCAUUUCUCACCAUCACUGGCUGCCCUGCGGCAGCGUGAAGUUACAUUCGUUGUGACAUUGUUACGAGAGCGUUUCUCAGAUUGCCUGGCCAUUGGCCGUGAUCUUGUACGAUUGCUUCAAAACGUUGCACGAAUUCCAGAAGUUGAGCAAUUGUGGAAGGAUAUUUUGCUGAACCCACGCUCUUUGUGCCCAACAUUCACAGGUGUCCUUCAGCUGCUACAGUCCAGGACUUCAAGGAGGUUUUUACAGUCUCGUCUUACACCUGAUAUGGAGAGAAAGCUGGUCUUCCUCACUUCACAAGUUAGAUUCGGUUAUCACAAACGGUAUCAAGAAUGGUUUCAAAGGCAGUACCUGGCAACACCUGAAUCACAGUCUUUACGCUGUGACCUAAUCCGAUUUAUUGUUGGUGUUAUUCAUCCGACAAAUGAAUUACUGUGUUCUGAUAUCAUACCACGAUGGGCUGUCAUUGGUUGGCUACUUACAACAUGCACAUCUGUUGUGACUGCUUCGAAUACGAAAUUGGCAUUAUUCUAUGACUGGUUGUUCUUUGAUUCGGACAAGGACAAUAUAAUGAAUAUAGAACCAGCAAUUUUGGUAAUGAACAACUCAAUGCGGUCCCAUCCAGCUGUAACUGCAACUCUACUUGACUUCCUGUGUAGGAUUGUGCCCAACUUUUAUCCUGCACUGGCAGAGAAAGUGCGUGCUGGCAUCUAUGCAUCCCUCCGUCAGAUCCUAGAUAAACGAGUACUGCCAUCAUUGUUUCCCUUGUUUGAUAACCCCAAACUGGAUGGAGAGCUGCGUGCUAUGGUCCACGAUGUCUUCAGGGAGUUCUGCCUGCCACCUUCUUCAGAAGGUAUUGGCUCAGAACGUUCCUUGUACUCUGUCUCUAGGCGUGCAUGGAUACAGCCAGGAGUCAAGUUAGAAGAUCCUGGAGUCAAUGUGAAGGAUGAGCCAGCUACCGUGACAGACCAGGAUACUAAUCACGAUGAUGCAGUGGAUGGUGAUGGGCCAACUGCUCCAGGUAGCGUCCAGCACAGCUCUGAACCAACCUUUAGUGAUGAUGAUGAGGAUCCACAGGGCUCUAGUUCUGCUCCAGUACUUACACCUGCCACAGUUCUCAGUCGUACACAUGCACCACGUCUGCACUCUCUGGACGAAGAAGAUGACGAUGACAUUCCCCUUGCAAAAGUUCGUCUCAAAGAGAAGCCAACUGCAGAUUCUGAUGCAGAUGCAGAUAUCAUUCAGCAGUUGGAUGGAGAUUUCCGGUUAGCUGUAGAGUCUCUACAUACUGAGACAGACAACGAAGCCAGAUGCCAGGCAAUGGAACGGUUGGUGCAGCUGAUAGUCCAGGAAGAUGACAUUGACUCUGAAACUACGGCUGUUCUGGGGCAGUGUCUUGCUGUUGUAUUAAAAGAGCAAUUUGAAGGAACAGUUUUCCCAGAGGAAGUCAGUGAUGAGAGCAUAGAGGACAGUAUUGGGAAGCCACUAUUUGUACUAUUACGGAAUCUUAUUCAGUUGCCUGAAGAUGAUAGCAGGCGGUUACCAUUGCUAGCAGUCCUUGCAGAACUGGCGCCCCAAGCACAACGUGUUGGCUACUUACUCCUGUACUUCCUGAAGGCCUGCAAACUGAAUGACGGAAAGGCAUCAGUCUACAAGGAUUUCUGCCAGACAAUGGACAAAAAGCUUGAAGAUUGCCUCCUGGAAGAUCUUAGGUUAUGCCAGGAAGAAGAUGUGAGGUUACUUGUGUGGUUGCUGCCUGAGGUAUAUGCACAGUUUCCUGCAGUCGCCGUGGGCAAUGCUCAACUGCUGCAACUAGUUGUAUCUGCAGUAGAUGCCUUGCAGUUACAGGAACUUGUCUGUCAUAUUCUCCAAGGACGCCUCGUAAUGUUUCGACAUGAUGGAUUUCGUGCUCUUCUUUCUGCAUCACUUUCAUGGGAGACGUUCGAGCAGUACUGUUUGUGGCAGCUUGUAGCAGCACAUGGCAUUCCAGUUGAUUACAUACUACCAAUUCUGCCACGCCUGGAAUUCACAAGACACGCUGAGGCUUUGACUUCUAUUCUUUUAAUGCUGAAGCAGGAAAGGCCAACAGAAGAGCUCCUUCGGGUAAUUCUAUCAAGAGAAGUACGAGGUGGGGAUAUGUUUGUUGUGUCAGCAUUACGAUGUUGGUGCCGUGAGCACGAGGAAUUGUUAUGUCGCCUCGUUGCUCAGCUACUGACACCUGUUGGAGGAACAAAUUCAUCACCUGGGAAACGAAAACGUGGUGGUGGGAAUCAGCAACCAGGAGGAAAACCAUCACCGAGUAGUGGUACCCCUCCUGUAGAGCAGGUACUCGGGCAUCUCGACCAUUUGCGGCAAUCCUGCAAACAAAAUGGUUGCCGACUGUAUGGGUCAGAGGUGGUACAAAGAGCCCUGUUGCAGGCACAGUCCCAGUGCAGUGAUCCACAGAGGAAACGUUUCUCUGACCUCUUUGCCCUUGCCGAAGUAGAGGAACUGGAACCCCGGGGUCGGAGAGGAGGUGGGGGAGGGGGUGGUCGUAAACCAAGAGGGAAAGGGAGGCAAGCAACUCGACCAUCUGAUUCUUCAGAAGAUUCUAGUGAGGAAGAGGAGGUGGUGAAGCCAAAGCAAGCGAAAAAGAGGAAAAAGACUAACCCAGUAGGCUCGGACAGUGACUGACCGCACAGUUAUGGUGAACAAAGUGUGUGGAGCUGGUGACAGAACCUCAAUGGUGCCCUUCUAUAUGACUGACAAAUUGGUGGCCAAACCAUAAAGUUGGUGUUGUCAAAGAAGGGCGUAUUAUUAUGACUUCAUAUUCUCUUGAUGGGCAUAGAUUUAUGGUGCUCUUCCUCUCCGAGUUGUUUUGCAGGGUAAACUUGAUCAUGUGUACAGUAACAUACUUUUGUAAAUAAAUGAACUGACCAUUUCGUGUGUCAGUGAAAACCCUCAUGUCUUAGUGUUGUUUUGGACCCAGACGGCAACAACAUUGACCCUUGUUUAUGUGUAACGUGCGAGUGAAAAACUGGAUUUGGUGUUCAGAGUGUUAACAGAUUUUAUAGUUACAAUUUAAUGACGGCAGAACGUUGGCAUGAAAAUAUUGCCACUCCAGAGGACACAUUCAUUCCUGCACCUUGUAGUGUUGUUCUACUAGGUGAACAUAGACUAUAUUUUAUGAAGAGUGGUUUAUUGUAUAUAUUUACAUUGUCAAGCACUCUUCUUAGAGUGGCUCAUUUCAUUGUCUGGAGUACGAUGCUGUUCAGUGUGCUGUUAAUUUUGACUGAAAACAUUUCAUCACGGAAACAAUAUAAGCUGUAAGUUUGAAACAUGUAUGUGAACAGUCACAAUUUGCAUGCAGCUAUUCCCUUUAGAUAAAUAAUCAUUACAAGUGCCUUGAUUGACAGAAUGUGGAAUAGCAUUUGGCAAGCUUUAAUAAAAGUAGCACCAUUUUAAAUUCAGAACUUGAGCUUCUGAAGAAAUUGCAAAUAUUUUUUUUAACAAUGUUAUUAUACGGGUGCAGUUCGCAUGGACUGUAAAGCAGUAAAUAAGAAUGCAGUAGUUUUUAGUAGCGUGCUAGAUCCUGAGUUUUUGCUGCUGCUAUAAAGAAUUUCUCCACGACGUAGUUUAUAUUUAUUAAACAUUGCUGACAGGUAAGAGCUAAUAAUCUUAUGGAAAUGAGAUAAUUCAAGACUAUACUGUCUAGCAUUUUAUGAAGAAAAAUUAAACAUGCUGUCAGUAAGUGUUAUCUUGUCAGUAUGUUUCCAGAUAAAACCUCACAAACUGUGACUGGUUCCAAGGCUACAUAUGUACAUGUAUAUGUGCAGAAUUCUAUCUUUAUUUGGAAUAAAUAGAAGUAAAUGUCGUAAGAGAAACUUAAAUUGUGAUAAAGAUGCAUGUAACAUUAAGACAGAGGAGUUACACAAGAGAAUCGUGCAUUCCACUGAGAUGUGAAUAAAAAUGAGAGGGCAUCAUCAUAAAAAAAUCAGUGCAACUUGUGUGCCUUCCCUGUUAAAACUGUCUCUUAUCUGCACUGUGUUAGUUGUUGGAUAUUUCCUUAUGAACUCAUACCAAGUGAGAUAAGAGAAUUGUAUAAAAUGAAGUUAUUCAGAUCAUACCUUGCAUUUAUAUGAUCUUACUACUUUGUUAACUUCUUUGCCGCGUGAAACUUGUAGCUCUAUUUAUUACAGUGUAAUUAUUGUAAAUAUUAACUUAGUAAGAGGAAAAAUUACAGUGAAAUUUUUCUUGUUCAAAUUGUACAGUACAUUUUCCACCUUGUCAUUAUUGUGAAAUUUUUGUAUUUGUGAUAUUUGUGAUGAAUCAAAAAUUAUCUUUGUAUUAAUGUUUCGUAUCGGACAACUGUUGAAAUGUAUAGUAAUUUUGUCAUACACGGACAGAUCAC